GUAGUUUUUGUGUGGAGAUGAGGGAGACUGAGAUGCUUCUUGCUUAUCACGAUUCACAUCGAGCUUUUUUUUUUUUUACCAACUGAGGGGGGUGCUGAACAGGGCAAUUUGAAACCAGGAUCAUCUCCCACAACUGCUGCUUUUUAAUUUAUAAUUAUUGUUCUUUUUUUUCCUUCUUUUUUCAUUUUUUUUAGCUUUUAGCCUAUUUCACUUCUUUCCGUAUCACUGUUACAAUUUCUUUUUUUUUCUUUUUCUUUUCUUCAAAUUUUGGAACACUAUGAAAGCCAAUGCAUUUCGGGCGCAUAACUGCUGCUGGCUGGGACUAUGAUUUCUCAGCUUUGUUCUCAUGACACACUUGCACUCAUUCAGUCUCAUCAAAACAGGAGAGAGCGCUGAUUUGUCUUUAACUUUCUUGCAUCUUCGACGAUUCCAGCUGCAGCAGGUACUUUCUGCUCUUGAGCGGCUGUCCUGCUGUGUGAAGGUGUUGAAGCAGCCAUGUGGAGCGGAGAGAGCGCGCCUCUACUUCCCAUCUGCCUGCUGGCACUCACAGCUCUCUGGGAAACCAGGUCAGUGAAUGCCGAUGACACAUCUGAUGCCUUUAAAACAAACAUCACCCUGUUCACACGGAUCCUGGACAGCUUGCUGGAUGGAUAUGACAACCGUCUACGGCCAGGUCUUGGAGACAGGAUAACUGAGGUGAAGACAAACAUCUACGUCACCAGCUUUGGACCAGUUUCAGACACUGACAUGGAGUACACCAUAGACGUUUUCUUCCGGCAAAACUGGAAGGACGAGAGGUUGAAAUUUCAAGGACCGAUGAAUAUUCUGCCCCUCAACAACCUGAUGGCAAGUAAAAUCUGGACUCCGGACACCUUCUUCCACAAUGGGAAAAAGUCCGUGGCUCAUAACAUGACCAUGCCAAAUAAACUGUUGAGGAUCAAAGAUGAUGGGACACUGCUGUACACCAUGAGGUUAACUGUGCAUGCAGAGUGCCCAAUGCAUCUGGAGGAUUUCCCCAUGGACUUUCAUUCCUGUCCACUAAAAUUUGGCAGCUAUGCCUACACAAUCUCAGAAGUGACUUAUGCUUGGACUCAAAAUGCCUCUGACUCUGUGGUGGUGGAAGGAGAAAGCUCCCGCCUCAACCAGUAUGACCUGCUUGGCCAAACGGUUGGACAAGAAACUAUCAAAUCGAGUACAGGUGAAUACACGGUGAUGACGGCUCAUUUCCAUCUGAAGAGGAAGAUUGGCUACUUUGUCAUCCAGACGUACCUCCCGUGCAUCAUGACAGUCAUUCUUUCCCAAGUGUCUUUCUGGUUGAAUAGAGAAUCAGUGCCGGCUAGGACUGUGUUUGGUGUAACCACUGUUCUCACUAUGACAACACUGAGUAUAAGUGCGAGGAACUCCCUUCCCAAGGUUGCCUACGCCACUGCCAUGGACUGGUUCAUCGCCGUCUGCUACGCCUUCGUCUUCUCCGCUCUGAUUGAGUUUGCCACCGUCAAUUACUUCACAAAGCGCGGCUGGGCUUGGGAUGGAAAGAGUGUCGUGACUGACAAGAAAAAAGAGAGGGCAUCUGUCGCCAAGAAGAAUAAUGCCUACGCUGUAGCAGUAGCCAACUACGCGCCUAACAUCUCCAAGGACUCCAGCACGCUUCCUACUAUUGCCAAAGGUGGAGCUUUGGAUCCCAACAAGCCCAAAGCAGACGGGAAAGCCUCAGACAGCAAGAAGACAUUUAACAGCGUGAGCAAAAUUGACAGGAUGUCAAGGAUCAUGUUUCCGGUUCUCUUCGGAAGCUUUAACCUUGUCUACUGGGCCACCUACUUAAACAGAGAACCCAUUAUAAAGGACAUGGUCCCCUCUAAUUAGAGGCCCAUUUUAAUGGGUUCUGGUCUUGGGACAAAGAAACGAACCAAAUACCUCCAGCAACUGUGUACACAUACCUUUGCAGAGUGAAGUCCUGGAUUGCAGUGUGAUCCUCUGUGGUCUCUGCCUGUUUUCUACACCGUCUGCAGCACUUUUGAAAAGCCCAGCUUUUGUAAAUGUGUAUGUAUAUUUAUAUUCAUGGUUUAAUGGUGACAUAUUGUGUGAUUACUUUGAUUGGAGUGCAUAUUUCCUCGAAAGUAUGUUUCCAGUUCCAGUAUGUGGCCAGUGUACAUAAAUAUCAAAUGAAGAGUAAACACAUAAACAUGGACACAUACAUUUCAUUUACUUCUACAUGUGUUGAAUUUUUUUGGUAAUGCCUACUCUAGAAUAUUAUAGUAUAUAGUUUUCUUUUGAGUGAAAGGGACUGCUUUUAUGACAUUUCUUACCUUUUUUGCCAUCUUAGAGUGGCCUGACUUGUUUUUCUUCUGUCCAAGCCAAUGCAAAAACCCACUUGUAUUAUAUUGUAACAGUGUAAAGGUUGUUUUAUUAUCUGUGACUGCAGGUAUGGGGCUGCACUCAAACGCUGACCUCCAGAAUUCUCCAAAAACAAUCAAGCCCAAAAGGUUGUAAAACAUACAGAGGAAGCUGCAACAUUAUGCAGCUUGUAAUACCGUUUAGUGCUGUUAACUUUCAAGGUUUUCAGUAGUAUCAUUUGGAAUUACAGGAAAAUAUCUAUAGAUAUUUUCCUGUAAUUCCAAAUGAUACUAUUCAUAUAGAUAUGAAAAACUAAUGAGAAUGCAUUACUCUGGGAAGGAAAGAAACAGAAUUACAAAAGAUGCACACAGUGUGUGUUGAGGUGUUAAAAGUCAUGAAUGCUUUAUAUAUUUACAUGAAGUCACUGUUUUUUUAUUUAUGACUUAUGGAAAAAGCUGAUAUUCAGUCAAGUGCCGUUACUGAAUCGGACAAGCUUUGAAUGGUAUGUUUAUAAUGGCGUUUUUCCAUUACAUGGUACCUGCUCGCCUCGCCUCGACUCUACUCGACGCACUGUGCGUCCGUUUUCCAUUGCAGAUUUUUAGUAGCGCCUCCGCGUGGCUGGUCGUCAUAGCGCCGUGACCUAACGCGACACACACACACACACACAAUGUCGAAGGUGUGUAUUUGUUGCCGCAGCCAAAAAAAAAUUGUUUCAAAUGAAGCUGGAGGCAGCAAAAAAAACAAACAAAAAAAACACAGCUAGCUAAACUAUUUAAAAAUGGCGGG